CUUUACAUCUCAGAUCCGGAAGAGAAACACUACAUAUUCGUGACUCACUCACUAUUUAGUGACAGUCACAACAUACAGAACAUUAUAGAAUUGCCUCGACCUAUUUUGAUUUUUGUGGUAUUUGAAAGCAUCUCCGUAAUUUCACCAUGAGUGGAUAUGGUUAUGGUCAACCACAGGGGGGCUACCCUGGUCAUGCCUCUCCCUCUGGUUAUGGUCAGGAAUAUGGUUAUGGUCAACCACAGGGAGGCUACCCAGGGCAUGCUCCUCCCUCUGGUUAUCCUGCACAGGUUCCCCAAGGAGGUUACCCUGGUCAUCAGCCACAGGGAGGUUACCCAGGCCAGCAACCCCAGGGAGGUUACCCAGGUCAGCAACCCCAGGGAGGCUAUCCAGGUCAGCCCCAAGGAGGUUACCCAGGUCAGCAACCUCAAGGAGGUUAUCCAGGUCAGCAACCCCAAGGUGGCUACCCUGGCCAACAAGGAUACCCCGGUGUACCACAAGGCAUGGAUCCUAAUGUAGUUUCUUGGUUCAAUGCAGUAGACCAAGAUCACUCUGGACAGAUAAAUGCCCAUGAAUUACGCUUGGCUUUGCAGAAUGGCAGCUGGUCUCAUUUCAGUGAGGAGUCGUGCAAACUAAUGAUCACAUUGUUUGACAGAGACAAUAGUGGUACAAUCAAUAUACAUGAAUUUGGCCAGCUCUUCACUUUCAUCAAUCAGUGGACUGAAGUUUACAGACGUUAUGAUCACGAUAACUCUGGGACUAUUGAUGAGAAUGAGAUGAAUACAGCUUUACAGCAGAUGGGCUUUCGUUUGUCUCCUCAGUUUGUUGGAUUUCUUGUGUCAAAGUUUUCCCCUAGAGAAAGAAAAAUUACCUUGGAUAACUUCAUUGUCAGUAACAUUCACAUCCGGAAGUUAACAGAAGCAUUCAAGGCCCGUGACAAGGAAUUUAAAGGUGUAAUUACCAUUGCAUAUGAAGAUUUUAUAUCUCUAGUUCUCACUAGCCUUAUGUAGUUUUGCAGUGUCAUAUUUGAAAUGUUUGUAAUCAAAGUUAGUUGGUUUAAGAAUAUGUAUAAUUAAUAUGUUCUUACAAAUGAUAAUGUGCUUUUCUUGACAAUAUACUUAAAAUUUUUGCAUAAAUGAAGACUGGCAAGUGUUGUGCUGCAAGAAAAUUAGAUUUUAUACAUAUAUCUUUAAACUCGGUAAAUUUCUAAGUUUAGAUUUUAUACAUACGUACAUCUUUAAACUCUGUAAAUUUCUAAUUUUUUUUUCACCUGGUAUCAGGUUUGGUUGUUAGAUUUUAUAGAGAAGUCUAUUGAUUUUACUGGGUUAUAACUAAAAAACAUUAAUACCCUUAUUCCUAACAAAGUAUCUCUUGUAGUUUUUAGAUUAUUAUCAUUCAAGUGAUUCUAACGGUGAAAAGAUGUGUUUCUUCUCGGUUCAUUUGGAAGAUCAAUGUUAAAUUGUUUGGAAAUCAGCUUCCUUGCAGUGCUUAGGGAGUUAAAUUAUUUGAAAAUAAACAAGGUAGUAAUGUGCUUUAGUGAUAUUCCUGCUUUACCAAAACACUGUAGUAUCCACAAUAAGGUUUUUUAAUCUUUUUAAAUUAAUAAUGAAGAGCAAAACUUCGCAAAGGUUGUAGGUAAUUCAUAAAAUGCAUUACAAUUGCAUGGAUGCCUACUGUUAUUAUAUUUCAGUUUCUGAAAAUGUUUUUUUUUUUUUUUUUUUUGAAUCUUGAGGAUGACUCAGGGCUCUUGCUGAAUUGUCUAAUACAGGUAAUUAUUAUAUUUAAUCAUAGAAAUUGUUAUGUAGUACUGUAUUAUAUUGAAUUUUAUUUAUUAAAGCAAAGAAAUUUAUUCAAGCAUGCAGUUUUACUGAUAGAAACACAGUGAAAGGUGCUGCAACAUAUAUACUGUAUAGUACUAUCUAAAGUUCUUACACUAUUUUUAUAACUACAUGAUUCUUUUGAUCAGUUGAUGCAAGAAGUGUAGUUUAUUACAGUUUACAAAGUGUUAUGACCAAAAUAAUUAAAUAUUUAAGUGUUAGGACAGUUUUUUUUUUAUAUGAAAAUGUACAUUGUUAAUGAUGUUCUCUUAUAUUUUGGUUCAUAUGGUACAGGUAACUUUUUUACCUGAAAAAAUAUUGAAAUUAUUACUAGUGAAUGCUUUUGCUGUCUCAAAGCAUUCUACCAUGAUGGUAAUACAUAAACACCAGUACAUUGCCUUAAUUUAGAAAAUUACAGCAUCAUUAACCCAUUUGCUCCAAAAUUUCCAGAAUAAUUUACAAAGUUACUGUGAAGAAAAAGUUUAGUCCUUCUUUUUCUGCUGACACAGUAAUUAUACACAUAUAGUAAUGUAUUCACAAAAAACUUCUUGCAUUAACAGAUGUAGAAAUAUCCAAAAUCAGUAUUCACAGACGUAGAACAGAAAUCACAAGGAUAUUUGACAGCAACAAGGUUAAGUGUGAGUAUCUUGUAAAUGUUUUAUAGUAACUUUAUCAAAUUAUUUCGUCAUGCUCUUAUUGAUUUUUUAUACAUAUUAAGUUUAAAUAUUUCAUAUGAUUUUUGUAUUUUUUAUAAAUAUUUCAAAUGAUUUUUUAAAAAUAAAUAUUUCAUAUGAUUUUUGUGGUUAGUUUUUCUAUGUAAUUUCUCUCUAUCUCAGUCUUGUAAUUUAUUGUUGCCAGUUGUUGGAAAUGAAGAUUUGUGUUUAAACAGAGUUUGUCCCUUGAUUUUGAUCAUUCUUUUCAUUGCUUACCAUUGCAUUUCAAGUUUUAUGAGCUGUCUGUUUCAAAGGAUGCCUACACUUACCGCACUUUAAAUUGUGCCUUGCCAAAUUUGAACUUAUAUUGCCUCAUCCAAUGUCCUCUACUUGAAGCACUUUAACAAAACUUAAAUGUUUUCAUUUUUCAUUUUCUCUUUUGGUAUGUGUGAGGAUUAACUGGGUGUCAAAUAAAUUCAACGAGGGAUUCUUUUCAACCAAUUUCCAUGACAAGGCUAAAUUCCUUCUAUUUUAAGCUUAAUAACUUUGUAAGAGUGGAGUUAUCCGAGUUAUCUGAUAACCAGUCAUUUGCAUAAAUGUCCAGUGAUGGACAGUGUGUUUCCAGUGACCAGAAAUGUUGUGGUUUCAGAAAGUCUGAUUUCUUUUAUUUUUUGUUCCGUUGUGAAGUGUUUACAUUUCCUGUUUUUAGUAGAAAUUUUAUUGCAUGUAAAAGUAAUAAGUUUAUCACAAUGUACUUGAGUAACUGCAUCUCAGGUUACUAAUGUGCUCUAGAAUCUCGGUAGAAUAUUUUGCAUUUAGUAAGAUCUAACUUUAACACAAAACAGUGAUAAAUAUUCUGUAGCUCUGAGUCAUAAGGCCUUAUAAUUUUUGUGCUCACAAAGAGUUAAAAGAAAAAUGAAAGCUAGGCUUUUUAUGGUUGCAUCCAAAAGUUUAUCAGUUUUCUUGUUGACUGUUGAUUUAAUCUAAUGGCAUAUUAAAUGGAUAUGCUUUUCAUGCCUCUGUAUUUUUAUAGAACAAAGUAAAUUCAAAAUAGC